AUGUUUAUCUAUCUAUUACUACAUGAUUCAUCAAGGCCUUUCCCAGGAAAACCCCAUGCCUUGCAGGCAGUGAUGAUCGCGCCGUAUGACAUCCGCUCGUUUGUUAGAGUCCACCGCUCGACACAUGACACUGGAAUCGGGAGCAGCCUGAUCGGGAAAGGGACGCCCGUGAGAGGAGGCCGCAAGACAAACGCAAAAGCGGUUAUUUCAGCGAACAGCAAAUUCUUACAUACCUCGCCGCCCUCUUCAGUGCCUCUUCGAGCAUGUCUGGUGUGGGCGCAACAAUCGGUUGGCCCCUAG